AGGAGUAAGACAUGGUAGUGUCGGAGCUGGCAGCGCGCCUCAAUUGUACCGAAUACAAAAACUGGGUGAAAGCAGGACACUGCCUGCUGCUGCUGCGCAGCUGCCUGCAGGGUUUCAUAGACCGCGAAGUGCUCUCCUUCCAUCGUGGACUGCUGGCCGCAGACCCUGGCCUCGGUCCCCACGUCACCUGCUGCGGCGGUUCCCGGUGCAGCCCGCGUGCUCGUCAGUUUCAGCCUCAGUGUCGGGUGUGCACAGAGUGGAAACGCGAGAUAUUGAGGCAUCACAUGAACAGAAAUGGAGACGUGCACUGGGGAAAUUGCAGGCCUGGCCUCUGGCCCGUGGACCCUUGGGAAGUAGCCAAGGCCUUCAUGCCCCGAGGACUGGCUGACAAACGAGGACCUGAGGAAUGUGAUGCAGUUGCUCUUUUAAGUCUCAUCAACUCCUGCGAUCACUUUGUGGUUGACCGGAAGAAGGUCACAGAGGUGAUUAAGUGUCGAAAUGAAAUAAUGCACUCUUCAGAGAUGAAAGUUUCAUCUACUUGGCUUCAAGAUUUUCAGAUAAAGAUUCAAAAUUUUCUGAACGAAUUCAAGAAUAUUCCCGAGAUUGUAGCGGUAUAUUCCAGAAUAGAACAGCUGUUGACAUCUGACUGGGCUGUUCACAUCCCUGAGGAAGAUGAACGAGAUGGGUAUGAAGUUGAAACAGGAAGUUACUUGAGUGUGAACCAAAUCCAUGAAAUUGAAAUAGAAUUGCUGAAGGAAAAGCUACAAGAGAUGUAUCUUCAAGCAGCAGAAGAAGAGGUGUUGCCGGAAGAGAUCUCAAGUCAACUGGAUGUGGUGAAAGGGUUUCUGAGAAGCAACACAGAUCUUAGAAGUGGCCUUACAGAAGACUUGCAGAAGCUAGACACCCUCCAUCUACAGCAUCAAAAACAAACUUCAAAGGAUGCGGGGACACAGACACCUGAAAGGAAGGCUUGAGGUCUGUGGCAUUAGACUGCUUCGUGUCACCCCUGGAUGUUGCUAUGUUCCCAGAACUACCUGGAAGAAAUUCUCCUUGCCAAGACUCAGCAAAGAUGAAUUCAUUCCCUCACCUGGCCAGCUGCCUGCCCAACAGGGACCCUCCAGAGUGGGUAGCAAUAGAGACUGGAUUUGGCAUGUAUUUUGACUUUAUAACCCAAAUGAAUGCCAAUGUGCCUGCAGCUUGCUUAUUUAAUCUUCCAGGUUGUUGUUUAGUUUCAGUCUUAUGGUUUCUUUCUCCCUUCAUUUGUGACGGUCCUUGAGAAGACUUCAAGAGUAAAGCAAGAUUUUGCAUUUAUUUUGCAAUUUUCUCAAAGAAUAAAAGCCAAUUCCCAACUAGAUCUGAAGUACAAAACAUAGAAUAUUGAUUCACUAACCCACAAAGACCUGGUUUCUAACUAUAGGAAGUUUGAGAUUCAAACCUUUCAUUUUACACCUGUCUAGUUUGUCCUUAUCAAUUCAGCACAUACCAAGUGUCACCCCGUGCCAGACACUGAAGUAGAUAUACAAAUGUAACAAGUGGUAAAAUCCAGUCUUGCCAUUUUUAUUUGCCACUCUGACAGUUCAAAGGUAUUCUUCAGAGAACUAGUAGUAACAUUUCAUUGAAUUGAAACAGAAAGGAAGGCCCUUGUUUAAAGAACUCUGAAGCAGAUGUGAAUGCAGAGGUAUCAGCCUAUCAGCAUCUCUUCCACAGAACUGUACAUCUGUAUGUCCAAAUGGAUGUUCACCAGUAGAGGACCUAUUGAAUAAGGUGUAGAACAUUUGUACUGUGCCACAUAACUAUUCUAAAGAAUGAUCCCAUACUGAAGUGCAGUGAUGUGAAUUACCUGUAAGGCAUCUAAAGUAAAGAGACGGUUUGAGAGGGAGGAGUACAGCUCAGUGGUGGGGUGCCUGCUUGCCCCACAUGUCCAAUGCCUUGAAUAGAUUGCUCUUUCACUGCCAAAAGCAAAGUAUUUAAUAAUCCCUAGUGCUGUUUGUGUUCUGUAAUAACUGAGGUCUGGAAAGGUAUGGUUUGUUUUCCCAGUCUUUCUUCUGUGUUAUGUCUCUGAGAAGAAUUGGGGCUAUGGGGCAGUAGUCAGAAGGAAUUGAGCUUUUCUGUUUUUAUAUAUUCUUUUUUAUAAUAAACAUACUUCUGGGUCAGAUUACAUGGAUUUUGCUGUCGCCUCCAUUUUGUAGCUCCACCUCCAGGGGUGCUUUGGAAUCCUAGCACCAGGGGAGGAAACCCAGGAAGGGCAGGCCUUCUACCAAGGCUGCCUUCCUCUCCCACUGGAGUGCCUGGUCUUUAUCCAGAAGUAUGGAUUAUACAGCCUCUCCCGGGACACAGGUGGUUGAUAGUUUGAAAAAAUUUAUAGAGAAAAAUGGCUAAAUCAUAGUUGCAAAGACAAGGAAAUUAUCAGAGAUUGCCUCCUUUCCCUUUGCUAGUUUAAUUGGAAAUUUACCUGCUCUGAAAAGCAUUCACUCAACAGUGCCCUUUAUUAAAAUAUAUUCAAAUUAUAAAAUACACUUUGUGAGAUAGGCCUAAAUAUUAAUUUCUACUCAUGUGAUACUCAGUGAAGUGAAAAAAUACUUGAAUGUUUUAAUAAAAAUCUUAAUAUAGUUCACUUCGUAA